AAUCUCAGCCACAGAUUUUCCUUCUCCUUCCAAUUACCAUCCUCGCACUCUCUUCCAAAUUUCUUCAAACUCCAAACCAGAUGUCUUGCAGAGCUAACUCAUACAAUCUUCCAAUCUUACACAAACUCUCCACAAAAUCUCCCAAUCCCUACCAUUCAUCCAACCCAACUUUGAACUGCAGAUCCCAUUCCAUAAGCAGCCAUGAAACUCAAACCUCUUCACAUCCCACCAAUAUCUGCAACAUCAAGUUCCAAACUCUGGAAAACUGCAAGCUUGGUAUAGGCAGCUACCCUGACUUUGAAUACGACGCCAAUGGCGGCAUCGGCUCUGCCACCGGGAAAUUUAAUGGCUUUAAUCCAACGGAAGACAUAUUUGCACUUUUUGACCUUGAAAAGCUGUACAUACCACCGUUGACAGGCGCAACGACGAGGUUUCUAGGCCUGCCGCUGCCGCCAUUUUUGAAGAUUGACAUUGCUCCUGAGAGAUUUCAAGGAAGUAUCAAUAGGGCAAGCGGAAAGGUUGAGCUGCAGUUCAGGGCGAAAUUCUGGUUUUCAAUUGGAAUCAUUUAUAGGGCGCCUGCUUUGAUGGUUGAGACUAUACUGACUUCAGAGGAAUCAAAGGGAAGCUUAAGAAGUGGGAAAGGGGAGAGAUUGGACAGAGAAGGGAAAUGCAGGUUGGUGGGAGUUGCAACUGUUGAUCCCAUUGAUGAUGUUAUAAUGAACUCCUUUCUUAGUCUUCCAACUGAGUGCAUUGCUGAACUUAGUGCUCAAAUUUUCAUAACAACAGCUGGGUAAAGCUCCUAUGAAGAAUGGCAUUGUCAAACACUUUGUGUUGUUGUAAAUGAAUUUGUAGAUUUUUUACUAUUAUUUUGAUUUUUUCAUGCUGUGUUGAGGGAUUCAACAUGGUUUGCACCUUGAAGAAAUGAAGGAGCUAUGAACUUCUAAGGAAAUUGGUUGGAUUUUGAGUUUUAUAUAUUCUGUUUUAGGGUAUACAGAUGGAGAUUCUCUCUAA